ACAAACAUGGCUGGAAUAGAAGCCGGUAAUAGUGGAUUUUUAGGUUAUUUUGCUGAUUUGCUAGGCGCUCCAGAGCCUGCUCUGAGAUUAUUAUUUACUGUUCUUAUUGGAUAUCCACUAGCAUUAUUUCAUCGGCAUGUUCUUUUUGGAACAGCUCCUAUUAUACAACACUUAUUCUUUAUUAUAUCUGGAAUAAUAUUAGGAUUUUACAAUUAUGGUUUUGAUAUGUUUCAUUCUAUACUGUGUCUGUUUAUUAUGUACCUCAUUCUUGUUACUAUUGGAGGUAAAUUCAGCUCAGUUGUCAUAUCUUUCCUUUUUUUCAUGGGAUACCUUUUGAUAGGAUAUUAUUAUACGGGUACUGAUGAAUAUGAUAUAAAAUGGACUAUGCCACAAUGUGUUUUAACUUUACGUUUAAUAGGACUUGCUUGGGAUGUUUACGACGGACAGAAAUCAGAGGAAAAAUUGUCUGAAGAGCAAAAGAAAACUGCUCUAAAAAGGUGCCCCUCUUUGUUAGAAAUUGGUGGACAUAUGUACUUCUUUGGUGGAUUCAUGGUUGGACCUCAGUUUCCUAUGAAGAGAUAUCUAAAUUUUGUGGAUGGAACAUUCAAAGAAAAGAUUUUUGAUGGAAAUCCAUCAUGUAUUACUACUGGUCUAAAGAGCUUGUCUCAAGGUAUUCUCAUUUUAUCUCUUCAACAAUUAGGAAGCAUUUUUGUUCCUGAAAAGAUUUUCUUUACUGAUGAUUUUGUGGAAUUUCCAUAUUGGAAAAAGCUUCUAAUCAUGGGUGUGUGGAGCAAGUUGGUUUUAUACAAAUAUAUUGCAAUCUGGUUAAUAGCAGAAGGCAGCUGUAUUUUAACUGGCAUGACUUACAAUGGAACAGAUAAAAAUGGAAAAGAUCUUUGGGAUGGAUGCACUAAUGUGAAAUUAUGGUAUUUCACUGUGACUACAACUUUCCAAGGAGGAAUUAGGUCAUUCAACCAUAAUACCAAUUUGUGGCUAGGACAGUAUGUGUACAAAAGAUUGAAGUUCCUUGGUAAUCGCUACAUUUCACAAGCUGCAGCUCUUCUUUUCCUUGCAGCAUGGCAUGGUUUGCACUCAGGAUAUUAUAUAUGUUUCUUGAACGAAUUCAUUGUUAUGUACUUUGAAAAAGAUUUUGAAUCAUUCCUUACUACUCGCUUCCCGAAAGUGAAAGAGAUGUUGCUGCAAAGUGCCUUGAAGUAUCCUGUGCGUAUCUUCAUGAAAGUUUACAUGGAUGUAAUAAUGGGUUGGUGCCUUGUGCCCUUCGUCUUCCUAUCCUGGUCUCGUUACAUGCAGGCAUACAGAUCAGUGUAUUUCAUUGGCUUCAUUAUAUAUUUUGGAUGGCCUUUGGUGUCUCCAAUUUUAAGAGCAUUGAUUCCAAAAGCAAAAGUUGAAAAGGCUGAAUAAUUAAGUAUCUGAUUAAAAGCUGAUCCGGUGUAGUUGAGUAUUAAUUUUAAAAUGAAAAAAAAAAAAUGAUUAUAUAUGUAUUUAUUAAAUUAUUCUUUUCUUUGAUAUUAAGUUUUUAAAAAGUUUAUUAUGUUAUGUACCAUAAUAUUAUUUCAGUAUUAUUUAUUUAAAUUCAUGGGAAAAUAUUCCUUCUUGUUACUCUAUAAUUCUGAAUUUUUAUUUUAUGUUAUGUGAUAUAAAAUUGUAAAUAUGUUGUAGCAACAUAUACCUCAUCUUAUUUGUUUAUUUUGCCAUUUUUAUUUUUAUUUUUUUAGUGAUUAUUGCGUUUGAACUAUAUUGUUAAAUGCAUAAUUCACCUGUGAAUGUUAAGCCUAAUUUUCAUGCCCUUGCAUGAAUUGCAAAUCUUGAUUGAUGAUUGCUUUUGUAACUUUCAGAUGCAAAUAUAUCAAAGUUAAUAUAUUCUAUUAUUCAGAUGCUGUGCUGAGUUCAAAUUUAAUCAUGAGUACAAACACUAUUUAUUUCUGUAAGCUUCUAUAAUUUUAUGUCCUUUCUAUUUUAAACAUAAGUAUUUUAAUGCCCAUUAAAAGCAAUAAAGCCUGUAGCAGAGAAAAAAAAAAGCACCCUAAAAUUUUUCAUAGCUUGCAGAUUCUUUUUAUCUGGAUUUAUAGAAAAAAUUAAUUUAUUAAAUAUCCUUUUAGACAUUCAAAAAUGCCAUAAUAGUUGAAUUCCUCUAUUUGCUGGUUUUAUAAGACUAACCCUGUAGAAUAUAUUAAUUUAGUCAUAUUUUUUCUAGAAAUAUUAAAUCUUGCCUUAUAUAUCUUUGGCAGAAUUAUAUAAAUAACUGCCAAAGAUCGAUAGAUUAAAUUUCUUUAGAAGCAAUUUUGUAAAAAAAAUUCGUUAUUGAAUAAAUAUUUCUUAAUAGCAAUAAUUAUACAUAAAUAGAAUCUUACCAUAAUUGUCAGAUAAUAGCUAAAAAUAUCGGUGCAUUACUUUGCUGAUUAAUCUAAUAGAUUAUGAUAAUUUACUGUUUUGCAGUGUCAACAUAGUAAACUUAUAAAGAUUUUAUACUUGGAAUUAGUAUUCACAAAUGAAUAUAUAUAUCAUGAAUUUUUAAUUGUUUGUUAAUUUUAACUUUUAAUGUAAAAACACAAUUUCUUUUUCAAGUGCUGCCUAAUGUCUAUUGAUAUCUAGAUUUUAAUGUUUCAUGAAAUGCCACUUAAUAGCUUCAGUUCUUAACGUUUUGACCUUACCCCAUCCUAUUGUAUUACUAGACUUGAUAAUUUACAUCAUCAAUGUUCAAGAUUGAUGUUCAGCAUUCAUAAUUGACAUUUAGAUGAAGUGGACAGUUAAUCUGAUAUACUGUCAUGCUUUCAAGAAGAUAAAAGUUGUCAAGAGAGGAAAGAGUAUUAUUUACAUUGCAUUGAAAAAAUAAUAUACAUUUAAGUUUCUGGCAUUAUUAAAUAUGUGAUUGAUGUUAAUCUAUUGUACCUUGAUGGUUCAAAAAAAUCAAUGAAAGUGUUUCCUCUCUUUGUAUAUAGUUCUUAGGCAGAGAAAUAUUAUGAAAUUUUGAAGAAAGUUUUGGUUUUAAAAUUACUAAGUUUAAUGAAAACAGUUAGACCUCCUUCCCUCACCGACAUACCUUGUUGAAAUACUUAUACUGAAUUAUCAAAAUGAAUAUCUUUGGGUGUAAAAUGUAUUUUAUUACUAUCUAAUUUAUAUUUGUAAGUUAUUAAUGCAUUGUUUAUUCUUAAACAUUUUUCUAUAGACAACAAUAAACAAAAGACAUUUACUUUAUGGGCUUAUUGUUUAAGCAUUUUGGAGGGGGCAGGAGGGGAUUUUAUUUUAUUAUAUUCACUAGCAAAUAGAUAAAAAAAAAACUUUUUAAUUAUAACUGGAAAAAAAAACUCAGUCUUAAAAAUUAGUGGUGUAAUUUAAAAUAAUAAGUAAUUUAAGGUAAAAAUGAAGUAGCAAUUACAAUUAAUGACUCUCUUCUUUAGUAUGAUCAAUAUCUUUUACUAGCCAUUACCAGUGUUUUAAACAGCAUACUUGCAAAAUUAUAUUACUAAGUACCAUUUUGCUAUAGUGUGUUUAAGUGGAGCUUGCCACUGACUAAUAUUUGUUAUUAUAAACACGAUACCUAAAUUUACCACCUGAUUGCAAUGAAAUAAUUUAAAUGAUAAUUUCCUUGAUUACUUUUUUUGAAUAGCUAAGAUUCACGUACUUUUGAAUUGAACAAAAACAAAUCUCAUUAAUCAUGGCAUAUUUUCUAAAUAUUUUGCAACUUUAUUUUUUUUUUACUCAACUUUUGAGAUCUUAGAUUUUUCUCUUUUUUUGUGUAAAAAUAAAAUAUGCUUUUCUUGUAAUUGUGACUCUGUCAAAACUGCAAAUAGGGAAUUUAAACUACUUGUUCUUCAAUCCUGUCUAAGAGAUACGAAUAAAUUUCAAUUUUUUUUAUUCAAUUAAUCUAUUUAAUUUUUUUUUCAGCUAAUUUAGAAUAAUAGUGUAUAAAGAGUAAAGAAAUCUAAUUUUCCUCAAUGAGAAAUUAUUUUGAACUAAUUAAUAUAUCCAUUAUUAUUUGGGAUGAAUGUAUUUAAAUAUAUUUUCCAUGUAAAAAGCUUUAUAUUCUCAUUAUUUGAAACAUUUUUAAAAAAUUAAAAUGAAAACAUCCAUUAACAAAAGCAAUUUUUCAAAGCAUUCAAAAGUAAUUUUCUUCAUUAAUUAUUAAUAAUUUGUAAAAAAUAUAUAAUUUAAUUAAUUGUCCUUUCCUGCAUAGAAUAUCAAUUUCUUAAAAAAAAAUUUUAAAAACUGUACACCAGUUUAUUGAGGAUAAAAUAAAUUGUUGAACCCUGGGAUUAAACAGAGAGUUUGCAUCUUUAUGUUGUCCCAAUUAAGCUAUUUUGGCAUAUUAGUGUUUUGUUCUCUUAGUAAGGUUUCAUUGUGGGCAGAAAACAUCAGAUGACAGCAGUGUCAUUGGAUAUUUUGAUGGAUAAUUAUAUAUUGAUGUCUUGUUAAUCAAAAAAAAUUAAAUAUUUGUCAUGAACCUUUAUAAAAAGCUUCUCUAUAUUUCAUAAUAUUUGUGCACAAAAUUUGAAGAAAAUCUAUUAAUUUAGUAUCCUAGAUCAUAUAAAUUAUUUAUGCAUUUCACUUUUUCUCAUAUAGAUUAUAAAAGGUUUAGGGUUUAAUUUAAAUGCUCUGAAUGUAAAAAACUUGGAAACUUUGGUAUGAACUUCAAAAUAAAUGUUAUUGAUAACAGAUCUAUUUAUAAUCAUGCACACUUAUGAAUUAAUGUUAAUCCUUAACAAGUUUUGAUGAGUCAAAAUCAUGUAUUAAAUUUCUGUAUUUCUGCCUACAAACUAAAAUUAAAUUACUCAUAGAAGUUAUUAGCUAAAUUAUUUGGAAUCCUAAGAGCUUUGAAUAUCUCGUAGAUUCUUUACAGAAUUAAAUCAAAAUAUCAAUAUAUUUCCUAAAAAAAGUGUUAUCUAAUUAGACAAGAAAUAAAAAUGAACUGUUAAAGUAUUCGACUUCUUUAAAAUUUAUUUUUUAAAAGAUGGCUCAUUGUUCUGUGAAAUAUAAAAGGUGCUAAGAUAUUUAGUGCUGUAAUGGAAUGAGGCCUAACAGUACCUAGAUUUUAUUUGUUACGAAAAGGAAAGGCUUUGAAUGGAAUAUAUUUGUAAUUCUCAUUUAGCAAUAAUAUUUUAUAAAAAAAAAAAGUCAUAUGUGCUGUUUAGCAUUUUUACCGUCCUCUGUACCAUACUGUGUGCUAAAUUUAUUGAUUAUUGUAUGCAUUUUGUUUUCAUAAUUUCUUUUAAUUUCAAGUUAACUCGUAUUUUAAAAUGUUCGUAAAAUAUUUAUUAUGUGUGACAUGAUUAUCUACGUUACAUUAUCAUUUUAAUGCACGUGUAUACUAAAGAAUUAUGUUCAAAGGGAAGAUCUUAUAUUUAUCGUUUAUUGUAUUAAACUGUUAUUUCAUGUUAAAAUUCUUUAGCAACCAAGUUCUAAAUGUUCAUUUUUUUUCUCUUGCCAAAUAAUGUAUUGUAUAUUUAUGAUAUAAAUAUAUCUCAACACCUGCUAGGUUGCAUUAGAUAGCUUAUUUAAAAUGUAAGAUAUCUUAUUCGAUUUCUAUGAGGAAAUUUAGUAAUAGUAUAAUGAAAUUAGUUAUCUAAUGUUACAAUAGCUGAUAUUUAGUAUGUUGCUGAAUAUUCCUUAAAUUAUGCUUUCUUUAUGGCGAUUUUAAAGAUAAAUAGGAGAGCAUUUUAACAUGCAUUGCAUUUUGAAAUGAUAUUUUCAUUCAGUGUUUGAAACAGCUGCAAGAUUGAAGUAAUAUGUAAAUAUUUCAUACUUAAGAAGAUUUAAACUCUUUCGAUGGUAGUUAACAACAAAGAAGAAAGAUUUACUAUAUACUUUCUAGGUAUUAUGAAAUUUGUAAUUAAAUAUCAUGCUAGACAGUUAGUUCCUCUAUCAAUAAAGAAAGAAGAGAUAUUGGGGGGGGGGGGGUUGAGAAAAAAACUUUUACAUUUUAAUGGUCAGACAUACCAGAUUGUAAAAGUGCAUUAGAUUUUAAAUAAAAUAGAGGAAUGGUCCCAUUAUUGUUUUAUUAAUAUAUAAUUCAUAUAUAAGAAGAUGAAUUAUAUUAAUUUUUUUAAAAAAUUAUCUUCAGAAGAAUUUUUUCGAAUUUUUACUUAGAAAGUGCAGAUGAUUCACUCAUAAGAAGAAAUAAAAAUAAAAUAUUUGUUUCUUUUUAUUAAUUUGUAUAUAUCAAAUAUGACACAGGCUUAGAACAAAACAAAAAAAAACUGAAUUUUAUAAAGUAAUAAAUUGUGCCAAACAUAAUCACUGAAAUUUAAAUAAGUAUGAUUAAUUGAACAAUAAAAUUUUAAAAAUUAUCAAAAGUAAUUAAGAUAUUGAAAGUAUCUUAGAAUUAUUACAUCAAUAAAUUAAUCUCAAAAAUGAUGAAAUUUGAUUCCGAAAAUGCUGGAAUCUGAAGCAAAAUAAUUCCAGGAAAGAGAAAAAAGAAAUUUAAUUUCUGAUUUCAACAGCCAUUUACUGCUUUAUAUGAAAACUAUUUUCUUCUUGUUAGAGAAAAUAAUUUAUAUAUGAUUGUAAUUAAGUAUUAUUAGGAUAUAAAAGGCUAAAUGAAAUAUUACAUUAGCAUCUUUGAAUAUAAUUUAAUGCAACCUUUUUAUUUAUUUAGCAGAUAAUUCCGACAUUUCCGUCCAUACAUAGCAAUCAAUUAAUACAUUGCCAAGAUCAUUAUUUUAUGAGAGCACUCUAAUCAUGGCUCAGUAGCUAGUGUUAAACCAUUAGAAACAGUAUGUACUUCUAAUUUAAAAAAAAAAUAUGUGUCUAUAAAUAUACUGCCAAAAAAAAUGUUUACAUUUUUAUGCAGCCUUUGAUUCCAUUUAGUUAAGUAUAAUGUACUCUCCUGGUAUCCAGUCUAAUGUGGCGGAAAGACAGGAGUUCUAUAAUCUCAUUUCUUUGACCGCUAAAAACCGGAAGACAAAGUUUUUAUACCAAAACGUAGUUAUAAUACCUAUUUUCUCACCUCUUAUUGAGUACUAAGCCCUCCGUUUACCUCAAGCCACAUAGAAUAUGAAUGCGACCUGGUGAAUUAUAGAAGCAGUUGCUGGUAAUGUGUUCAGUUAAAAUGAAAGGCUCUGCAUAUCUCUCUUAUAUGCUGCAAUAUACAUUUCAAGAGUUUAUUAGAGAAAAAGAAAGUUAAAGGAUAUAAACUGUUUACAUUUUAACAUAAGUUCUCUAAUGCCUAACUUAAUUGCAGGAAACGUAAACAAAACAUUAAUGUAAAUCAUAGGUCUAAUUGUUCAAAAAAAAAAUUGAUUCAAACUGAUUUUAUUUUUUACUGAUAAAUGAUUACACAGAUAUGAAAAAGCAACCCUAAGAUUAGAGUCAAAACUUCCAGUUUUUAGUUCUUGAACAGUCCUUACUGCUACUGCAUUUCAGCCCUCUUGCAAUGCCUUGCCUUCCUCAUUUAAUUAUGAUAAAAGAAUUAUCUGCUUCAUUGGCUGAGAAAGAUCCGCCAAUGAAGCAGGAUAGUCGUGAAUCAGAUACUCGAGGGUAUACUGUAUUAUCAGCACAUUAACGUUUUACAUAAUGAAAAUUGCACUCUUCUGGUAUCAAAACUGAUUAAAUGAUGAAAUUUUAAAUUUCUUUGUUUUAAACCAGUUACCUGCUGUUUCAUUGGCAGGUCUUUGAAAUUGCCUCGUAAUAAUUUUGCGAAUUAUAGUCAAAUUUUUAUAUAUGUGUUUAAAAGUAUUUUACCAAAAUUUUAUCGACUCAAACAAUAUUAAAAAAUUGUUUGCUUUGUUUAAAGCUCUUUCCCAAUACAUUUAGCUAUUGGGCCAUAAUUAGAGUAGGCACCCUAUAUAUUUGAUUUUUCUGAAAAUAUAAAUAAAGCUUGGAGUUUUAAUAUUCAGUCGGAUGUUAAAUUUAAAUUAAAGGUAUUUGCGAAUAAAAAAAAACCUUGCCAUUCAUUCCAGUCCACAUACAAUAUCCAGACUCAGGAAAGUUAUAGUAAAAAAAGCAAAAUCGUUUUGGUUUGAGCUCAAUAUAUCAUGGUGAUGACAUGAAUUAAAAUAAUUUCGAAAUGUAAUGUGUUAAACGAAAGCAUAAUAUCACUUGAUCUCAAUCUAAAGAAUGGGUAUUUUUGAUAGUCCUUUGUAAUGAUUUUAUAGAAAAGUAUAGACAUUUUUUUAUAUUUCAACCUGUUUGCUCAUUACUUGUUAUUGUUAUUAUAACUCUUGCAUUGUUAGUAUCUUUCUGCUUCUAAAUUUCGCUCUGAAUUUCUAGAUUUUCAGACAAUCGUAUAAUUCGGUAUCUUCAAGAAAUAUUAACAGUAUUGUAAUUAAAAUAUAUUUUUGUUGUUUAAUAAAGUUAUA